GUAUUUUGGGUCGUAGGUGUGUGUCGCUUGCAGCCGGUUUCACGUGUCAGUGCACUGCCGAGCUUCCAAGCCACUGCAGGUGGGAAAAAGGCCGCGGGGUUAAAAUGACGCUGCCUCUCCGCCGUGCAGGGAUGUCGUCCCCUGGGAACCUCUCGGAAGAGCAGGUGCACUGCUCCAUCUGCCUGGACGUCUUCACCAACCCGGUGUCCAUCCCGUGCGGACACAACUUCUGCCAGACGUGCAUCUUGGGUUACUGGAAGAGCAGCCCGCUGUACCAGUGCCCCAUGUGCAAGAAGUCCUUCUACAAGAGGCCGGACUUGAGCGUCAACACCGUCCUGAGGGAGAUUGCCGAGCAGUUCAAGGAGAUGCGCUUGAAGAGUGCGGCGGGGAAGGCCGCAAGAGGGAAUCGGUGGACUGUGGAAAGGCGCAGGGAGGAGGAUGAGGAGAGGCUUUUGGAGGACAACCGUGAAGAGGAGAUGAAGACCGAGGAAAAUGACGACGGGAGAAGCGAGGCAGCGGAGACAACCGGAUCGCAUCCAGAGGAGCCGUCUGCCUCUCUGUCUCCACCAUCUCCCCAUCCAGCAUUUCCGCCCUGGCAGGAGGUCCUCUGUGACGUUUGCCUCGGCAGCGGUCGUCCCAUAGCUGUGAAGUCCUGCCUGGUGUGUCUGACCUCCUACUGCGAGGAGCACCUUAAGUUGCACGCCGCCAGAUUCACCAAACACAAGCUGAUGGAGCCUGUGGCCAACAUGGAGGACCGCAUGUGCCCCAAGCACCAACGCCUCCUGGAGCUUUUCUGCAAGAAAGACCAGACGUGCGUGUGCGUCCUGUGCACAGAGACUGACCACCGGGCGCACUACACUGUCCCCGUGGAGCGGGAAUGGACCGAGAGAAGGGCACAGCUGAAGAAAAUCCAAGUGGACGUGCAGCAAUUAAUUCAUGACAGAGUAAGGAAGGUGGAGGACAUCAAACGCUCAGUCGAGCUCAACAAAGAGAGCGCAAAGCGAGAGACAGAAGACAGCGUGCUGGUCUUCUCCGACCUGGUGCGCGCUAUCCAGAACACUCAGGCCCAGGUGGUCGCGACCAUCGAAGAGAAGCGGAAGCGCACGGAGAGCCGUGCCCAAGAUCUGGUGGCUGAACUGGAGCGGGAGAUCGAAAUGCUGCGAAGGCGCGGCGUUGACCUGGAGAACAUGGACAGGACUGACCACAUUCACUUCUUGAAGAACUUUCCAGCUAUGAGCGCCACCCCGUCCAUCCACGACUGGACCGACACAAACGUUCCCACUGAUGUCAGCGUCGGCUUGAUCAGGACAGCCGUGUCCAAACUGGAAAGCACUCUCAAGCAAAUGGUGGACAAGUUGGCGGACCGAGAGAUCCAGAAGGUUCUGAAGUACACAGAGGAUGUGAUUUUGGACCCGGACACCGCCAACCCGUGGCUGCAGCUCUCCCAAGACAGGCGGCAGGUGCGUCACCUGGGGGCGUGGCAGGACCUCCCGGACCACCCCGACCGUUUCGACACCGUGGUCAUCGUCCUGGGCAGGGAGGGCUUCACCUCCGGCAGACAUUACUGGGAAGUCCAAGUCGGCGAGAAGGACGACUGGUAUCUGGGCGUGGCCAAGUCGUCCGUCAAGAGGAAGGGUCGCAUCUCGGUGAGCAGCGCCCACGGCUACUGGGCCCUUGCCAUGAAGAAGGGCCACGGGUACCGCGUGUCUACUGUCCCGCCGCUCUCAUUGGCGCUCGAGCCCAAACCCAAGAAGGUCGGUGUGUACGUGGACUACGAGGAGGGCCAAAUAUCAUUCUACGAUGUCAGAGCGCGCACUCACCUUUACACUUUCACUGAGAAGCUGAGCGAAAAGAUUCUGCCUUUUUUCUACUUGUACUGCUGUGACAAAGCUUCCGACACCGUCGUAAUCUGUCCCGUUACAGAGAAAGCCCUGAUUCAGCAAAGCUAAAAUGAGACGACAAAAGUUUUUAGGGAGAAGUUUCGAUUCAGUACUUGGUCGGGAAAAGUAAAAGUAGCGUACCGAGUCAACUCCACAAAGUAACCAAGUAAAGAAAAAAAUGAAAUCCUAAUUAAACCUGGCUAGCUAGCUUUGCUUGCUUUCGAAGCUUUCUGCUGAUCAUAACUUGUGCUUGUAAGAUGUGACGACAAAAGACAAAAGAAAAUAGUUGACUUUUAUAUGCGCACGAGUAGAAUGAGUUAGGAGCUUGGUCAAAGAUGGUGUUACCAUAAUCAAUAAAUAACCAUAACAUAAACAUUCA